UUGUGGGUAGGUCAGAAGCCGAGAGGACGCCAUGUGCUUUUGAGGCGGAGGGGAUCUGCGGGGGGAAAAGGAGAGCUACCUGCACCAGACUUGUGUUUUAUUUGAGAAGGACCCCGGGAUAAACGGCUCCAGAGUACGUUACCAUGUACUGCACCAGACACUGCCUCCGGACCGCGCUGCGGGCUGCAGCGGGCACACACCGGCAACAGCUUCAGAGGCAAGCACCGGCCCUGUGUGCUCUCAGACUUCUGAAGACCAGUCCGAUCACCCACUCAGAUGCCAUCGCCGCCCCUCCACUAGACGGAUCACCCAAACAGUAUUCGCCGAAAAUCCAACAGCUCGUCAAUGACAUAGCCAACCUCACUUUAUUAGAGGUCUCAGAGCUCAACGAGCUCCUCAAGAAAACUCUGAACAUUCAGGAUGUUGGAAUGAUGCCAAUGGCUGCAUCAGCUGUUCCUGUGGCUCAGGCCACAGAAGAGGAUAUGGAACCGGCCAAGAAAGAGCAGACUCACUUCACAGUAAAAUUGACAGAAUUUAAGGCAGCUGAAAAAGUGAAGCUUAUAAAGGAAGUGAAGAAUUGCAUCCAAGGCUUGAAUCUGGUUCAGGCUAAGAAACUAGUGGAGUCUCUUCCCCAGGAAAUUCGAGCCAAUGUAUCCAAAGAAGACGCAGAGAAACUUAAAGCAGCGCUGGAGGCAGCAGGCGGCACUGUGGCAUUGGAGUAGAUCUUCUCGUUCAACACUUUGCUGCUCAUGCACUUCGUCGUUCACCCUAUUAUUGAUUUUUCUUUUUUACAUGACAAAGAGGAGGAUCCCGGGAGAAAAAGGAAACAAAUGCCUUCUGACAUCGAUACUGUGUUAACAGCGUCAGGCGGGGCGGCACAACUCCAGCUGAACUUUCCAGGCACACAGCCUUCACAAAUGGCCGCCUCGCUGUUUCCUUGUCCAUUUGUCUGCCUGAUACUUGUGUAGCAAAUAAGCUACAGAAACACUGGCCUGGGUGCCAAGUAGGUCAGUUGGUCGUUCUGUGUGUUGUGUAUGUUAAACUUUUCACAGAAGGAAGGAUUAUGCUGAGACAUGGUUACCAUUCCCUUUGUUGAGCAACACCAGAUACUGUAUCUAGUUCAGGGGAUGGCAGGGCCUCAUUGCUUAUAGAAUUGUUGAUAAUGUGAUUAAAGUUGAAAUACUCAUA